UCGGACGAUGUACGCGUUGUACGUGCUGCUGCUCCUGUUUCAAUUGGGCUUUUCAAUUGUUUACCAUUAGUUUACCAUAACAACGAGCAAAUCGCCAGUUACUUGAAGAACUUCACCGAAGUGCACAAAGACAUCUCCACUUUAUACUCAAUCGGAAAAUCCAACGAAGGUGUGGAUCUUCUCGUGCUGAGAUUAACAAAGAACGUGGGAACGUUGAAGCCACACGUGAAACUUAUUGGAAAUAUCCAUGGAAACGAGGCUAUUGGAAGGGAGAUUUUGCUGCAAUUCAUUGAGUAUUUGGGUGAAAAUUACAAGACUAAUUCUACGAUAGGAUGGCUUUUGGAUAAUACUGUUAUACAUGUGAUGCCUACUAUGAAUCCGGAUGGUUAUAGACCAUUCAGUGUUGGUAUUUGCGAAGGGGAAAACGGUAGGUUGAACGGAAGAAAUGUCGAUUUGAAUAGAGAUUUCAGUUGGACGGGAAACGAGACUAAGCAACCGGAAACGGAAGCAGUUCGAGCUUGGCUCCAGAACAACACCUUUGUUCUAUCUGCGAGUUUGCAUAGUGGCGCCCUCGUCGUUAAUUACCCUUACGACACGUCAACGGAAAAAAACAAGCCUUCAUUGACGCCGGACGACGACGUCUUCAGACACUUGUCGUUGAGCUACGCCCGAAAACAUUCCACCAUGGUCAAAGGUUGUCAGUACAAAGAUAACACUGAGAAAGUCUUCAAAGACGGCAUCACGAACGGAGCUGAAUGGUAUUCCUUCACGGGCGGAAUGCAAGAUUACAAUUACGUGGAUCACGGCUGCAUGGAGUUGACCUUGGAGUUGUCCUGCUGCAAGACACCAAUGACCAAAGAUUUAGAAGAUCUCUGGAUGAAGAAUAAAGAACCUUUGAUUGAUUUCUGCCUGCAAGUGCAUAAUGGGAUCAAAGGAAGGAUCAUCGUCGAUGGUAACAGCAAAACUAAAGCUAAAUUGAAGAUCGAGGGUAGAAAUAUCGGAUUCAGGACUUCAGAAUUCGGUGAAUUUUGGAGAAUCUUAUUGCCUGGACAAUACAUUCUUCAAAUUGAAGUGAAUAAAAAGUUGUACAAGGUGCCUUUCCUUGUGAACAAUAAAAGCUCCGUUUUGAAGGAAUCCGGUAAACUUGAAGUUUUCUUGUCGAAGGAUGAAGUUACAUUAGUUAAAGGUGACGCUGUCUUUACGACUACCACGAUACCAACUACAGAGGUACAACGAAAAUCUUCGACUACUCCAAAACCUUUUGCAUCUAAUCAACAUUCUAUAAGAACUAUCAGAAUCGAGAUCUUCAACGGAGCCACCACAAAGUUCGUUUCAUCCUCAAUGAUCGUCGUCCUUCUGAUCCUUCUAAUUCUCCAGCUACAUUAGUAUUCCUCUUCCGUGCGUGCAGUUUUCAAUCAAUGAAAGACCAAACCAAAGAAGAGAGCGCGAUCUUAAGAGAGACGCUCAUUGUCUCUCUGCUCUCUUCCAUUCGGAAGUUUCGCAGCAGGUUUCGCUCCAAGGUUGCUGUUGCUGCUCCUGCAUCGCAUGGUUUAUGUUUCCUGUUGUCAGUUGGCUUCUCUAUGGCUUUGGAAUUUUUACUUUCCUCUCCGCGCCGAUGAUAAUUGCUAUCAGCGUGUAUAAUUUAUAUGGCAUUGUUUCCUGCCCUGGAUUCUAGCUUCUUGCGAGAACGUGCAAUUACCGAACAACAACAACAACAAAAAC